AUGGCGCUCAAAUUAGAUGAAGAUUCCAAGGCAAGUGAUCUUGUACGUCAGUACGGCCCUCGGAUAUCAGGAAAGACGAUACUUGUCACGGGUGCUUCUCCUGGGGGGCUGGGAGCAGGUUUUGCCGAGCAGGUUGCAGCUGGAGGACCUGCAGUUUUCAUCCUCGCUGAACGGUCAACCUCGAAAAUGCAGCCACUCGUUGACACCCUGCACAGCAAACACCCGGAGAUCAAGAUCAAGCUUCUCGCUUUAGACUUAGCUUCGUUUUCAAGCGUGCGUGGAGCUGCGGAACUCGUGAACUCCUGGGCCGACAUACCCCAAAUUGACAUCCUGGUCAACAAUGCCGGCAUAAUGGCUGUUCCCUACCAUUUGACCGAGGACGGAUUCGAGAGUCAAUUUCAAACAAACCACCUGAGUCACUUCCUGUUUACAAAUCUGAUCAUGGCAAAGAUUCUGGCCUCUGAGACGCCGCGCAUUGUUCUUGUCUCCAGCGGUGUCCACCGCAUUGGUAACAUCCGCUGGUCUGAUUAUAACUUUAACGAGGGCAAGCACUACCAGAGGUGGCUCGCCUAUGGUCAAUCAAAGACUGCCAAUGCUUUAAUUGGGCUUUCCCUUGCAAUGAAGCUUGGCUCGCGAGGGCUCUUGUCCUUCCCGAUGUGUCCCGGCGUAAGCAUGACGAAUCUCUCUGCACACGGGAUUCACGAUCGAGAUUCAUUUUCUGCAGAUCUCACGGCGAUGGAUAAUAUCUAUGGGAAUAAGUGGCUUUGGGGAAUGGCGGAGCUGCAUGUUAAGGAUUCAGACCAAGGUGUAGCAACGCAUGUUUUUGCUGCCUUCGAUACUGAGAUUGCGGAACAUAAUGGGGCUUUUCUGAGCGAUUGUAAAAUUGCAAAUCAGUAUAAGGAAGAAGUUUAUUCGUGGGCAACCAGCAAGAUCGAUGCAGAGCGAUUGUGGCAACUCAGUGAAAAGCUCGUUGGUCAGAAAUUCGAAUACUGA